AUGGGCAUGGGAUAUUCAUCUUUGGGAGUUGCAAGAUUAAGGGGCUGUUCGAGAACGCAGAAUUCUAUUUGGGAAAACGGAGAAAACAAGGGAAACAGAGCACGCUUCGUCCCUUCAUCUUCGUCUCUUCACCGCUUCGUCUUCAUCUUCGUCUUCGUCCCCUCAUCUUCGUCUUCGUCUUCGUCAUCAUCCCGUGAUCUUCGUCUUCAUCGUCAUCCCCUGAUCUUCGUCUUCAUCCCUUCGUCCAAGUCUAAAACAGAAACACGCCCUUCAUCUACGAGAAACAGAGAAAUUCCUUGCUUCCCACUCUUGCAAUCUUCCUACACACUCUCUUGGAAGAUCUUGAUUUCGUUUCACACUCACUUGGAAGAUCUUGCUGCUCAGUCUUCUGGAAGAUUUUGGCUGCGAAUAGUACAUCGUGACUUCUCAGAUUUGAUUGAGCAUACGGGAUUUGGGUGGGAUCCUGUUGCAAACACAGUGACUGCCUCAGAGGAUGUUUGGGCAAGUUACUUGAAGAAGUCUUUAGUAAGCCAAAAGCGAAGCAAUUUCGCACGCAAGGCUGAGCGUUUCCAACGAUCUAAAGACACUAUUCAUAGACAAUUUAAGCGUGUUUUGGGAGCUUUAUGUGCGUUAGCACCACGCAUUAUAAGACCACAAAGUCGAGGGGAAACACCUUCUCAAAUUUUGAAUAACCCAAAGUAUUAUCCUUAUUUUGAGAAGUGUAUUGGUGCAAUUGAUGGAACUCAUGUUGUUGCUUGGGCACCAGCUCAAAAGCAAACCUCAUAUCGUGGUAGGAAGAUCCUUAUUACUCAAAAUGUCAUGUGCGCUUGCUCUUUUGACAUGAUGUUCACUUUUGUUUAUACGGGUUGGGAAGGGACUGCAAAUGACUCUAGGGUGUUCAUAGAUGCAGUGAUGAGGCCAGAAAAUGAGUUUCCUUUUCCAGAUGAAGGGUAUUACUAUGUUGUGGAUGCUGGAUAUUCAAACGUGCCUGGAUUCUUGGCACCCUACUGA